AUGGAUCACAUUGGAAUAUUAGGGGCGCAUCUGCAGCAGCACACGCACGUGGAGCCCAUCAGCUUCGGCAUCGACCAGAUCCUCAGCAACGUGGAGCAGAGCUGCAUGUUGGGCGCGAGGAUGCACGAGGCGGACUACGGACACCCGGCGUACAACGGCGGCGCGAGCACCGGCGCGAACGGCGGCGGCGGCUUCGCUUGCAGCAACGGCGGAUAUAACGGCGGCGGUGCGUGCGGGGUCGGAUCUUUCGGCGGGGCUUACAACAUGAACAUGGGCGUGAACGUGAACGGGAAUAACGUGAACGCCGCAGGGGUCAUCCGUGUGCCCGCACACCGGCCGCUGAGCAGCGGACACUCGUCAGUGCCGCCGAUGACCGGGACCGUAAAUAACCUGACCGGCCUGACAUUCCCCUGGAUGGAGAGCAACAGACGGUACACCAAAGACAGGUUCACAGUGUCUCUCUCACCCCUCACUGUAACACGCCGUGUAGGCCAUCCUUACCAGAACCGGACACCGCCCAAGAAGAAGAAGCCCCGGACGUCGUUCACUCGCCUGCAGAUCUGCGAGCUGGAGAAGCGAUUCCACCGGCAGAAGUACCUGGCGUCCGCUGAGCGCGCCGCCCUCGCCAAAGCCCUGAAGAUGACUGACGCUCAGGUCAAAACCUGGUUCCAAAACAGACGCACCAAAUGGAGGCGGCAGACGGCGGAGGAGCGGGAGGCGGAGCGGCAGCAGGCCAACCGGAUCCUCAUGCAGCUGCAACAGGAGGCCUUCCAGAAAACCAUCAACCAGCCGGUGACGCCGGACCCGCUGUGCCUCCACAACAGCUCCCUGUUCGCCCUGCAGAACCUGCAGCCGUGGACGGAGAACACCGCCAAGAUCAGCAGCGUGUCCGCCUGCGACUAG